AUGGCUAACGCAUUUGAAGGUCCUGGUGGUCGGAGGUCCUCAGCCAGUAAACUAUUCCCUCCCAAGUUUGGUACACCUACUGGACAAGAAGUGGAUGAAGAGAAGUUACUGCAUAUCUUUAAAGAGAUAGAUACUGAUCAUUCUGGGAGUAUCGAUCUUGAUGAGCUCGGAGAGGCUAUGCGCAUGCUUGGCAUAAAGUGUACGUAUGCGUUCGUUAGGAAGGCUUUGAGAAGCAUUGAUACUGAUCGCAACGGCACUAUUGAGCCUCACGAGUUCGUUAAAUUCUUCUCGACGGUCACUAAUCCCGACGAAUUCCGUAAUUACUAUGGUGAUUUGUUGGGAAAGCAAAACCAAAAAUAUUAUGAUUACAAGACCAUGGCAUCCGAGGAUCCGACUUUUGGUCGAAGAUUCCGUAUUCCUCAAACUAUCUCACGUGAGCAUAAGAUAUCCAAGCACCAGGAGAGUGUCGAGUCUGUUAAGUGGUUGGAUCGCAACCGAUUCAUCAGCGCCUCUCUCGACCGUACGGUAAAGAUCUGGGAUGUCUCCGCUCCUCUCGAGCCUCUCGCUUCGUUUGACUAUCCUUCACCGAUCUACUCCAUGACCGCAUCUCCCAAGGGAACAUGGGCCGUGAUGGGCUUCGGUAAGGCUAUCGACAAAGAAGAACAGAUGUAUUUGCAUCGCGCUAAUUUGAUUAUAUCUCCCUUCAUAAGAUACUUGUCUGUGUUGGAUAUCGAUAAUAAAAACACGGAGAAGGCUCAGAUGAAGGGGCAGGAUUCUCCUGUAUUCGCCACCGCGAUUUCCCCAGGCGAAAUGUAUAUCGCAUCGGGAAGCAAGUCUGGUAGAGUCCUUUUGCACGACGUAAGGACUUGCAAGUUAUUGUCUGAGCUACGUCGGAGUCCCCGCAUUAUACAAGCUAUUGACUUUAGUGAGGAUGCCAGACGUGUGGUGUCCUGUGGCAACGAUGGUGAUGUUGCCCUAACCGAUAUUUCGCUUAUUCUUACAGGCUGCACCAACGACCAGACCUCUUUCUAUUAUAGAAGAGGCCGCAGCCACUGA